AGUGCGCAUCAAUGAAAUUAACAGUAAUAGUGAGAAAAAGACGUUUAUAUUGAUACACAGUGCAAUCAUCAGAUAAACCAACAGUGCGAUACGUUGUCUCAAUCAGUGAAUAUUUCCAGUUUGCAGUGCAAGCACUGAUUCGAAGUGUAUUAUUGAAAAGCAACCGGUGUAACAAAGUCGAGGUUAUAACCCUGCCCACUGCGAAUAAAAUUAAAAACAGAUUUCAUGGCCACUAAGUAUAGACAAGCAUUACGAAGUUCUUGGACAAAUAAUUGUUUUGAACAACUAAAUUGCAAUUGCAGAAGCAAUAACUGUCAGCUGAACCAAUCACGUCAAUUAAAAUGCCUUUUUUCAUUCAUACAUUGGAACAUGGGAAGAUUUUCGAUAGUGGAGUUCGAAGAUGGAAUCCAACUUAUUCCCACGUCUUGGAUAUUUAGCGAUAAUAAAAAAUGUUAUUGGCCAUAUUACAAAAAACAAGAAAAAAUAAAUCAAGCUAUUUUUAAUGAAGAAUAUCCGGACAAUGACAAAUGGUCAUCAUAUGAUAUAUUACGAAUUUUUGGUACAGCAGAUACAUAUACAAACGGCAUGCGAAAACUGAAAUUGGCUGAACAAAUUUCUGAUAUUGAGUCUGGGAAAGAUGAUAUUGACAAAAAAAUGUGUAGACGUAAUCGGGCAAAAAGAAGAUUCACUUCUAGUUCUGAGGAGGAAGAUUUUGAAAAUGAAGCUACUGAAAAGGAAGAUUCUGAAGAGAAAUCACGUACAACUCAAGAAAUCUGUAAAAAAAAACCCAGUAAAAUUCCGCCUUUGCCCACAUUAUCAAUUGUAAAACAGACACAGACGCUACCAGAAAAGAAAAAAAAGAUAUUUCACAAUCAAACAAGCAAUACUGAUAAUAAUUCAUCAUUAUAUAAUUUUAAUAAAUAUAGUACGAAGGAAUCUUCCAGUAGCGUGCAAUCUGAUAUUUCAUGUACGGGAAAACAAUCUACAUCAUCAUGUAAAACAGAUUUUCAAACAGAAAUACUUCGCAAACUGAACAUUAUUAUUCAUCAAGUAAAAAUGGUGGACAAGAGACUGGAGAUUCACGAAGAGCAAUGUCGUUUCAGCCUUGACAGACAUGAAGAUGAUAUUCUUCAAGAUGAAGAAAUAGGAUUACCUUUGCAUAAUGAAUUGGCAUUGGAUAUUUUAGAAACAAAAUUGAAGAACAAAGAAUUUUUUGAAAGCAUGGUAUAUACAUUAAAAGGCUUGGGAGGUUUCGAUGUGCAUUCUUGCACGAUUAAUUUAUUGAAAAAGUUGAUAACUAAUCCCUUGGCUGAAAUGUACAGCAUGGCUGGAGCAAAAAGGAAAAAGGCUUUUCAAGAUUUGAUUUUGUAUAAAAUCAUACUUAAAACUGUCCGCGUUCAUUAUAAAGAUACGACUGAGACGGAGAUUGCCCAAAUCAUCGCAAAAUGGCUAGUACAAGCCAAAGCUCGUCGCGAGAGAAAAAAAUGUCGAUAUAUUGAAGAAAACAUAGAUAAAGCGACCUCGUCAUCAUCACAUAACUCAUAAUAAUCUUUUAUAAUUAUCAACUAUCAUAUAUUGCCUCCCAAAAGCAGCCAUUGGAAAUUCUUCAUAAAAUCUGCUGAAGGCGGGAAAUGUAAAAUUUGCCACCAGAUUGUGAAAACUGCGGGAAAUACAACGAAUUUGCGCAUUCACACACACACACACAUCUUACACUUUCACAUCCUGACAUUCUUGACAUGCAGCUUAAGAAGGACAAUAUCGCUUCUGAAGAUGAAGUACAAGCAGCAACAACAUCAAAAAGAAGAAAAAUUACAUCUCAAGAACAUACUGAAACGGACGACAAAUUCGAUUUCGUAGAGCAACUUCUAUCUCCUACUUUUUCGAUAUUAUCGAGCACGUCAAUACAUUCAGAGGUAUCAGUAUCUUCCUGUGUGUCAAUUCCAAAGACCAUUAAAUCUAUUAAAGACGAAGCAAUCUAGGAUUGACAUAGCUUUUCAGAAACAGAAAUCAU